UCCACUAUCCUCCAAUUAACCGCAAUACCCUGUAGCAGUGGGUGUAUUUGUUUUGCUGGUUCACUAAUGACUGCCACGCUAUAUUGUCACAGAUGUGGGUCUGUGUGGAAUGUGUGCUACCUGAGCUUGGUCUCUCACUGGAUUCAUCAGGCUGUAUUAUGUUCGUCGUACGGGAUUGGACGGGUGUUUUGGUAUUUGCGAUGCUGUGGGUCAUCAUCAUCACUCGGUUGUAUGCCAUGUAUCAAGGAUCCAGAAAGAUCCUGAUAUUUCUCAUUGUCACCUUCCUGGCUGUCAACAUCUUUGACGGAGUGGUAAGCGGAAUGGCAACGAUGCAUGCUUCAGGAGAGGAAUUGAUUCUCUCCGGCACUUAUCUGUGCCAGAUUAACUAUGGGGAAGAUAUCGUACUUCUGGGCUCCAUCACUUGGGUACUCGGCAUCGUGUGGGAGUUCCUCGCACUAUGUCUCGCAGUUUGGAUUGCGGUAAAACACUUCCGUGAACUACGACGUUAUUCGGCAGGAGGGAUUAUCGGGGACUGUUUCACGGUGUUGAUCAAAACUCAUGUGGUUUACUUUGCCAGCUUUGUUGCUGUUUCUUGCUUCACCCUCAUUGUUGAAUUAUCUCCAACACUUUUAGCGGACGAAUAUUCCCUAGAAGCUCAGACUUUUUAUGGCUUUGCUCAGAUUUUGAGAAUUGUGCAGUCGUUUGUCCUGGGACCACGCCUGAUCCUUGGCGUUCGAGAAUACCAUGCUAAGCUCGUGGCCGACUCUGACGCAGCAUCUGGUAUGACCUCAAUCGCUUUUCAGGAGCGCGUGCAUGUAUCGACUAGCAGUAGUGUGUGACGCACGAGAUAUUAAUGGAUGUCUGGUGCUCUGUAGGAAGUAGGGAAAUUUGCUAUGGCUUUGUCUCCAUUCCAGGCCUCGUUGCAGUCUUUGUGUAUCACGGUUAAAGCAGAUUUCGAUGAGACAUGUGUAGUGGUCUGGGCAAUAUUUUCGUCGUAGUAUUUAUUCAAAUCAUGUGCUAUAGGUGCUGACACGAGAACAAUGUUUCAACCGUAUCCUGGAUAGCCUUCAUAAUAGUUCAUAUGUAAAGGUGGAG